AUGCGAUCUCGCUCUAUACUUGGACUUGCUCGUAGUCGACAACCAGGACAUGUAUGGUCCCGUACUUUUCAAUCGGCUUGUCGUCUGAAUCAAGAAAGUGUUCAGAAUAAGUUUCUUGCUCACAAUGUCGAUGAAUCUUUGAGCUUCAAACCAGGUGUUUUUCCCGCUCGGUCCCAUUCAUGCGGAAACUUGACGACUGAAGAUGUCGGCAAGGUUGUUACACUUGCUGGUUGGAUUCAACCAGCUCGACCAGUCUCGAAGCAUCUUACUUUUUUCACUCUCAAGGAUGGGGACGGCCAGACACAGCUGUUGGUUCGCUCUCCUACUGCUGGCGAUGCAGAAGCCGGCCCCAAACUUGAAGAUGUACCGGUCGAAUCUGUUGUCCUCGUCGAGGGUAAGGUAGUAGCCCGGCCUGGGUCAUCAAAACGAACGAAUACUUCGACGGGAGACGUUGAAGUGCACGUUGACAAAUAUACUGUGCUCAAUCCCGCAACAAAAUUACCAUUUAGAAGUGACGAUCGGUUCGAAUUGGUCAAUGAGCAACUUCGUGCAACACACCGGCAUUUGGAUCUCCGUCGGGACAGCUUGACUAAAAAUAUCAAAACCCGAAGCAAGGUAGCCCACAUUGCCCGAAACUACUUGUAUGACCUUGGCUUUACCGAAGUAGAGACUCCCAUCCUCCUCAAGUCCACACCAGAAGGUGCACGUGAAUUCGUUGUCCCCACUCGACUUGGUUCCUCUGAACCUCUGUUCUAUGCGCUCCCUCAAUCACCCCAACAGCCCAAACAGUUGCUUGUAUGCUCUGGAGCAGUAGACAAGUACUAUCAAAUUGCUCGAUGUUUCAGGGAUGAAGACGGGCGCAAGGAUCGACAGCCCGAGUUUACCCAAAUUGAUUUGGAGAUGGCAUUUGUUGGAUGGGGCGAUGGUGUUGAUGUCGGUGACGGAUGGAGGAUUGGAGGAAGAGAAGUAAAGAACGUUGUGGAGGGGCUGGUUAGAAAGAUAUGGAAAGGAACUUUGGGCGUUGACCUCGAGGACAGAUUCAAAGUCAUGCGCUAUGCUGAUGCAAUGGAAAAGUACGGUUCAGAUAAACCAGAUACGCGAUUCGGGCUCGAGAUCCAUCCGGUCACUUCGUUGCUGCCUGAAGGUAUACAAAAUAAACUUUCAGAGACUCAGAUGCAACUCGAGUGUCUGGUUGUUCGACACGACGACGAGACAUUUAAUUCUGCGUCUAGGGCAGCAGCUGGCGAACCCAGCGCGACUCGUAUAACCAUCACAGGAAAUAACCUCCACUCAUGGGCAUCGGAAAUUCUCAAUUCUGAAGUGGACUGCAGCCACCUUUCCCAGUCCUUACGGCUUCAUCCAGGGGACGAGGUUUGGGUUUGCCUCCGAUCGGCUAGUCUGGAUAUGGGCGGCUCAACGCCGCUCGGUCGGCAGCGUCUAGCCAUUAAGGAUAUUGCAGAGCGAUCCGGAGCAUACAUCCCUACCCAAGUUCCUCACUUCCUAUGGAUCACCGAGUUCCCACUCUUUACAAGCGCAGACGGAGACAAAGAAUUCCUCGCCAAAGGCCGUUUAAGCAGCUCGCACCAUCCCUUUACAGCACCCAUGGCCGAGGACGUGGACAAGUUACUGAACGGACAGCCGAGAGAGGUCCGAGGGCAACACUACGACCUCGUCUUGAACGGUGUCGAGAUCGGAGGAGGGUCCGUGCGUGUACAUGACCCUACGUUGCAGCGGUUCAUAUUCGAGCAAGUUCUUCAGCUCACUCCGGCUGAGACUGAGACUUUUUCUCACUUGCUCGCUGCACUCUCUGCAGGAGCGCCCCCGCACGGUGGAUUCGCAAUUGGGUUUGAUAGGCUGAUAGCCGUACUAUGCAACGCGACGUCAAUCCGAGACGUUAUAGCUUUCCCAAAGACGGCCGGUGGAACAGACGCGUUGUUCAAGAGCCCCAGUAGGGUAGACCGGGAGAUACUGGCCGGACUGGGACUGAUUGGCAAAAAGUAG